AUGAAUGCGGAUAGUUACGGCUCCAGAGACGGCGGUCGACACGGCUCGUCUCGCGACUAUCCGUCUUCGCGGAGAGAUCGUGACGAUAGACGCGACCGAGGCGACACGCGAGAUAGAGGCAGCGGACGCAGACGCUCUCGUUCCCCCGACUAUCGCAGCGGCGGCCGAUCACGUCGCGAGGACGGCGAUGUAGAUGCCUACUCCUCGAGCCGAACCCACCGCGACCGCGAGCGUGAGGAUCGUUACUCCGGGCGGGAUCGCCCCCGCGGAGGUGACCGGGGCGAGAGGGAAUGGGACCGUGAUCGGGGUGCCAGGAGCCGGAGGGACGACGACGACCGGCGGGAGCGUCGCCCGGAGCGGGACUUGAUGGAUGACCGUCGCGGGCCGGGGCCUAGGCGUGAUCGCGAUUUCGACAGAGAGCGGGAACGGCGGCGCAGUGUGUCGCCUCCGCCCAAGCAGCGCGAACCGACUCCCGAUCUUACCGAUGUUGUCCCUAUUCUUGAGCGGAGGCGGCGCCUGACACAGUGGGAUAUCAAGCCACCCGGGUACGACAAUGUUACAGCUGAGCAAGCCAAGCUUUCCGGCAUGUUCCCCCUUCCCGGCGCGCCGCGCCAACAGGCGAUGGAUCCAACCAAGCUCCAAGCGUUCAUGAACCAACCCGGCGGCGCCGUCAACAGUGCGGCGCUGAAACCCUCGAAUUCCCGCCAGAGCAAACGCCUAAUUAUCUCGAAUCUGCCCGCAUCGGUCACAGAUGAGAGCCUCACCAACUUCUUCAACCUCCAGCUGAACGGCUUGAACGUCAUCGAGACCGCAGAUCCUUGCUUACAAGCGCACAUCGCGGCCGAACGCGCGUUCGCCAUGGUCGAGUUUAGGAACAACACGGAUGCGACGGUUGCGCUGGCAUUGGACGGCAUAUCGAUGGAGGCGGACGAUGCGCACGCGGCCAACGGCAAUGGCACAGCACCUCAAGGACUGCAUAUUCGCAGGCCGAAGGACUACAUCGUGCCCGCCGUUGUUGAGGACCCCAACUACGACCCAGAUUCGGACAGGCCCUCGAGCGUGGUUGUCGACAGUCCAAACAAGAUCAGCGUAACCAACCUCCCGUUGUAUUUGACCGAAGACCAGGUUAUGGAGUUGCUUGUUAGUUUUGGCAAACUAAAGUCGUUCGUCUUGGUCAAGGACAACGGCACGGAAGAGUCACGGGGUAUUGCUUUUCUCGAGUAUGCCGACCCAGGCGUCACCACCGUCGCCAUACAAGGCCUGCACAACAUGAUGCUUGGGGAGCGCGCACUCAAGGUCCAGAAGGCCAGCAUCGGCAUCACCCAGGUCUCCGGCGAGAUGGGCGUCAACGCCAUGUCCAUGCUUGCCGGUACAACAUCAGCCGACGCGGGGGCUGGCAGAGUGCUCCAGCUGCUGAACAUGGUGACGCCAGACGAGCUGAUGGAUAACGACGACUACGAAGAAAUCCGUGACGAUGUCCAGGAGGAGUGCGAAAAGUUCGGCAAGAUUCUAUCUAUCAAGAUCCCCAGGCCGGCCGGCGGUAGCAGGCAGUCGGCUGGCGUCGGUAAAAUCUUUAUCAAGUUCGAAACGCCAGAAACCGCGACAAAGGCGUUACAGGCACUGGCCGGCAGGAAGUUUGCCGACCGUACUGUCGUCACGACAUAUUUCCCUGAGGAAAACUUUGAUGUGAAUGCUUGGUAA